AUUAUAGAAGCGAGAGAGCGCUAGCCGACUGAUUUUGUGCUACUAAUCUAAGGAUUCUCCCCUGACUUUUGCCUCUAUUCUGAUGUGAAUUAUGGGAGAUGAUAGCCGACCGAGGAGAAUAUUGGCGGACCUAAGCAGCGCUCUUCGACGAGAUCCUAAAAUUGAUGAGUUUGACUUCAUCUACUGUCCUGAGCCUGUAGUGAAUAGAAGUCCUGUGGUGCUAGAGAAUCAUAAACUUGGUCUGCAAACAUGGAGCAUUAAACUCCUAUUCAACUUUGUCUACAACAACCUGUUAAAGAAUACAGCAGCAGGAAAGGAUUUGAAAUCUUUACAUGAAUUCAGCUGCACAGUGCUUUUACUCAAUCCAGACUGUUACACAGUAUGGAACUUGAGGAAGGAACUGGUAACCAAACAUUAUAUCAAAGCAGAGGAUGACCUCAAAUUGGCAACAUUAAUCCAAACCAAACAUCCAAAGAGCCCAGAAACUUUCAUUCAGAGGAGAUGGCUGUUACAACAGCUGUUCCCGUCAUCAACAUCAACAUCAUCUUCCAAACGUACACAACCAAGCCACCAUCACCACUCCACCGCACAACAAGCAAACGGCAACUCCUUCCACAAUCAGCAUCACUCCAACGGCACUCCAGCGCACCCCGCAGGGAGCGCAUCCCACCCUGCUGAUGCCUUUGAGCUGACGGAGAGACAUCGGCAGGUGGUGGAUCGUGAGAUGGAUGCCUGCAGAGCAGCAGCUGAUAGGUAUCCAAGUAAUUACAAUGCUUGGAGCCACAGGAUAUGGGUGCUAAAGGAAAUAACCAGACUGGAUACAGGGGUAUUACUAAAGGAACUUGAAAGCACCAAAUCCUGGGUAAAACAGCACAUAUCUGAUCACAGUGGGUUCAACUACAGAUACUUCCUUAUCAAGUCCUUGUCGUGUCAUCACCCUCAUGAAGAUGUACUUAGGAUCAUCCAUGAAGAGUUGGUCUUCACUUCAAACCUCAUAGAGAACUUCCCCGGUCAUGAAGCUAUCUGGUAUCACAGGAGAUCUAUCUUGACGUUGGGAAGAGAAUGUCUGCAGAGAGGUUGUUGCCGGGUGUCUUAUACAACACCACACACCCUGGACUAUGUAAAGAGGGUCGAGAGCCCUAACGGUGUUGAGAUGUGUGAGGACAUAUCGGAUACAGAACCCUUGGUGCAAGGGGAGAAGGAAUGGCUCCUCCUGAAGGACUUCUCAAGUGCUAGCUCGUUUCCUGGUCCCAAGACGUCAACAUCCUCCUCCUCCGCCAAGAUGGACCCUGUGGAUCAUGCGGAGUAUGCCGCGUAUGAGCGCUCCAUCAGCUGUGCGGAUGAGAACAUUGGGGAUGCGCUGGCUCUGUUGCUACACAAGGAAGACCUAUUCAUGGAGUUGCUGUACAAGAAGUGCUUCAAAGUGGACAGACCACAGUUACAGAGGUGUAUAGACAGUCACAAAAAAUGGCUAUGUCAUGUGCAAUUCUAAAUAUAUAUUGUUUUUCACCAUUUCUUUUGAUGAUUUAUGUCUUUGUUAUUUUCUUAUAUUUAUGCGUACAUGUCAAUAUUAGAUUAAUCUGAUGAUGAAUAUUUAUAACCAAAGGUGUAAUUGUAGGUUAGGAAGUAAAUGGUAGAAAUAAAAGCCUGAAAUAAGUAGCCUAUAUUGCCUUUAGAUUAUUAAGUAUAGAUAAACGUAUAUAUUCUUUACUAUCUUUACUUCUGUUGUGCCCAAUUUGUUAUUGGGGAUUAUACUUCUUUCGUUUGUAGCCAGGUUACUCUCUCUUCUCUCUCUAUCUCAUCUCUCUCUCUCUCUCUCUCUCUCUCUCUCAAUCUAUUUCAAAUUAUUAGUUUUUAUAUAUGCAUAUGUAUACUUUAUCUAUCCCCUCCCCUUGUUUUCUUUUUUUUCUUCUCUCUCUCAUUUACUACUACUCAACAGGAAGAGUAUAGUCCCAUAGGUGGUUGCUCUAUGCAUUAUUUAGAUGAAAAGAAAACAAAUAUUCUCUUACCUCCCUUUCUUCAUCUGUCUUCCUCUGACUUGGGUUUUAUACUUUUAUUUUGAAUCAUACGCAAGUUAUCAUUGACACAAUAACGUAACGUUGUCUGCAUUUAGUAAGUUUUGCUCAGGGCUGCAUAAUUAUAUUCCAAAUCAUGUUUUGCAAAGAGUAGUCUUGCCUUAUUUUGCCAUGUAUGACUAAGUUGGCAUUAGUGUGAACAGCAUUGCCUUACUUUUAAAACUUGUCAAUAUUUUUGUUACUCAUAUUUAAUAUUACAUUGAAAGUAGUUUCAAAAUCUCAUUACUUCAAUUAGAAAUUUUCUGAAUUCUAUGAAUUAUCAGGGAUGCCAGUUUUCAGGCAAUAGCCUGAAUUCAGGCCCUGGUGAGUUAUUUUCAGACCAUAGUAUAGGCUUUUUUUAAUACAAAAUAGCUUAUUCUAAGUGAUUUUCAGGCCCUCUGAUCAAUUCUAGCUGGCAUCCCUGAAUUAUGCUUUGAAACAAAUCCAUGAUACCACUAAAAUAUGGCAUUAUAAGAAUUUUCUUUUGUUGGUGUGUGAGAGCUUUCAGAUACAAAUUCACCAUUGUCACUUAAAUGUAUCAUGAUUCUGACAUGCUCCACAUACUUAUACAGGUCAUGGCCACAGUUGAACAACAGUAAUUGUUUGGACUAUUUGUCCUUGACAAAAACUUGAACUGAAAUGAUGGAGAUAACUGACAAGUUGAUGAUUUCAAAGUGUUCUAAUUACCUAGAAAAUAAUUUGUGUGCAUGUAGAAUGCAUAAAAUCAAGCUGAAUUUGUUUUAAUCUGGCAUUCUAUGGGAUAGGGAGUAUUUAACAUGAAAUAAAGAAAAUCAUAAUACCCAAGGGAACCCAAGUUACACUUAAGUUUGAUGUGGGCCCUAUUCUAUGCAAACACAUGCAGGUGCAUCAAGUAGUAUCUUCUCACCAGUCGCUGACAUGAAACUAGUCAACAAUCUGGCUGAUUUAAUUUUUAAUAAUCUCCACCACUGCAGGAUCUCCCCCUACUUCCCGCAAGCCGAAAAUGAUGUGAUACCAGAAUUUUUAUGUUGUUCUUAGGCUGGGCGUACGAGUUUGUUGAUAACGCUAUCUACAUUUGGGAAUAUAAUAGAGAUAUGAAAUAGGAACAAGCCAGAUUCUAGACUAACAUUGAACCCAUAACAAGUUUUAGUUUUCAAAUUCUUUAGGUCAUUCAUCUACAAGAGAUGCUGAGAGGGAUUAUAACUUCAAGGUUCAAGUAUUAUAGAUACUCUAAAUUUAGAAAAGUAGUCAUGACAUAUUUUGUGAUGGAAAAUGUUGACAACAAAAAAUAACACUUAAAGAUAAAGUUGAGUUCUGGUCAUGUGAUUGCAUUGUGAAAGAAAUGUUGUGGAAUCUG